AUGGAUCAACCACAAAGAAAAAAAAGUGUGACACUGAUAAGGGGAAACCCGAAAAACAAAGUGGAUUUGGAAAUUGAAUUUGAUGAGCUAGGCCAAAAUAUCGGAGCUACCCAAUCUCAGUUUAGAAAUUAUUGUGGAGUCAUGGUAAGGACGAGGAUUUCUAUCCUCAUAUUGCGUUGGGAUGAAGUUCCUAAGGCUGAAAUCUAUGAACUGUGGUUAAACAUUAAGGAAAUAAGCAGCAAAGCUACAGAGACUGCAAAGUUGAACAAGUAUCCGCCUCGGAUAGGCCCACGUGGUUAUCGUGGUCUGAAACCUCAAUGGGGAAAAGAGAUGGAAUCUGCUCCUGAUGAUGCGAUUUAUGUUGAAGCCGAACCCGGGAUCCUUGGAGCUCAAAAAAUUGAAACGUACAUUUACCCCGAGGAUAUUUUACGUCUGUUGAAUAAAAAAUGGCUUGAUAUUAGUGUCAUAACUUGGUUUCAAAUCAUGUUACAUUCAAUGCUUGAAACACGUGGUGGGAAUAAAGUUAACAAAUGUGCUUUCAUUUCCCCGAGUGAGAUUCAGGCAACAAUAUGCGAGUCAAAUGGUGAGGGUGUUGUAAGUUACAUUGUUGAUGCAAUGCGCUUCCAUAAAGACAAAUUGUUUUUUGUCGCAUCCUAUUGGCAAGGGGUAUAUCUUGGAUUCCAAAAAAAUACGGAUGAGAAGCCCGUGGAGAACUACAUAGUCAUGAAAUAUGUCGAAGAGGCUGUUGCAAGGCUUAAGGAAGAUAUCGACACAACACACCCAAUGAAUUGGACACUUGUCGAGGUAAAAGUACUUCAUGGGUACCCUGAACCUGUUUCUUGUUAA